AUGCUGAGCUUCUUCCGCAGGACGCUCGGGCGCCGCUCGAUGCGCAAACAGGCCGAGAAGGACCGGCUCCGUGAGGCCCAGCGUGCGGCCACGCAUAUCCCUGCGGCCGGGGACGCGCGGGCCGUGAUCACCUGCCGGGUGUCCCUUCUGGAUGGGACCGACGUCAGCGUGGACUUGCCGAAAAAAGCCAAAGGACAAGAGCUAUUUGAUCAGAUUAUGUACCACUUGGACCUUAUUGAAAGCGACUAUUUUGGACUGAGAUUUAUGGAUUCAGCACAGGUAGCGCAUUGGUUGGAUGGUACAAAAAGCAUCAAAAAACAAGUAAAAAUUGGUUCACCCUAUUGUCUGCAUCUUCGAGUUAAGUUUUAUUCCUCAGAACCAAAUAACCUUCGUGAAGAGCUGACCCGGUAUUUAUUUGUUCUUCAGUUAAAACAAGAUAUUCUCAGUGGAAAAUUAGAGUGUCCCUUUGAUACAGCGGUUCAGUUGGCAGCUUAUAACUUGCAAGCUGAACUGGGAGACUACGACCUUGCCGAGCACAGUCCUGAACUCGUGUCUGAGUUCAGGUUUGUGCCUGUUCAGACGGAAGAGAUGGAGCUCGCUAUAUUUGAGAAAUGGAAAGAAUACAGGGGUCAGACACCAGCGCAGGCUGAAACCAAUUAUCUGAACAAAGCCAAGUGGCUGGAAAUGUAUGGGGUUGACAUGCAUGUGGUCAAGGCCAGAGAUGGGAAUGACUACAGCUUGGGACUGACCCCAACAGGAGUCCUUGUUUUUGAAGGAGAAACCAAAAUUGGCUUAUUUUUUUGGCCCAAGAUAACCAGAUUGGAUUUUAAGAAGAAUAAGCUAACGUUGGUGGUUGUAGAAGAUGAUGAUCAGGGCAAGGAGCAGGAGCAUACCUUUGUCUUUAGACUGGAUCAUCCCAAAGCAUGCAAACAUUUAUGGAAAUGUGCUGUGGAGCAUCAUGCCUUCUUCCGGCUGCGAGGCCCUGUCCAAAAGAGUUCUCAUCGCUCAGGAUUUAUUCGAUUAGGAUCACGGUUUAGAUACAGUGGGAAAACUGAGUAUCAGACCACUAAGACCAAUAAAGCAAGAAGAUCAACAUCCUUUGAAAGAAGACCCAGCAAACGGUAUUCUCGACGAACUCUGCAAGUGAAAGCAAGUACAGGGAAACCUGAAGAACUCAGUGUUCACAACAAUGUUUCAGCUCAGAGUAAUGGUUCCCAACAGGCUUGGGGUGUGAGGUCCACUGUGCCUGUGAUUCCUUCUGUUCCCGCUGGUCCUGUGGUAGCGGAGGUCGAGAAUCUUCCAAGGAGUCCUGGAACAGACCAGCGCGACAAGAAAUGCUUGCCUCUGAAGAUUGAUUUGCUAGAUAGUCCAGACUUACUGGAAACAACCGUUGAUGAGCUAGCUGGGACAGCUGACACCAUGGACACCUCCCAAGCCCCAGGUGAAGUGAGCACAGCCACCAGACAGGCUGGGUUAGAGGGACCUGAAGGUGAGCCAUUCAUAGGUGCCUCAGAGAAGCUCAAACACCUUGAAAUGGAAAACAGUCCUGUGCCAGCUCCUCACCCCAACGUGGAUGUUAACAUUAACAACCAGGAGGAAGUGGUAAAGUUAACUGAGAAAUGUCUGAAUAAUGCCAUCGACAGCCCAGCGCUGAAUACCAGGAGAGUUCCUCCUGACUUGAAGAGUAAUAUUCUGAAGGCUCAAGCAGAAGCAGUGCAGAAGGUUGCAAGAGAAGAUCGCUUAUUAAGUCAUAAAAAUGCCAGUGUUCAGGAUGCUUCCACAGACAGUGCUGAAUUAAAUGAGAACACUGUGCCCGUCCGUGGAGACUCUGUGGCUCUGAUGCGAACCACACCUGCAGAAAGUGGGUCUGCUCUAAAGGAUGCUACAGAUGAACUGGAUGCCUUGCUGUUGUCUCUAACUGAGAAUCUCCUUGACCACACAACCACACCUCAGGUGUCUUCAACAUCAGCGAUCACACCCCGCUGGAUUGUGCCACAGAGCACUGUCCUUCCUAAUGGGCUUGCAGGAAACGGGUUUUCCCUGACGGGGAAGGAAGGGCUGGGCAGCAGAGAGCUCAUUUCCCCCCCAGCGCCGUUCUUGGUGGACGCCGUGACCAGCUCUGCUCCAGCCUCAGCUGGAGAAGCCACCUUGAAGCAGAAGUGUUUGCUGACGACUGAGCUCUGA